UCAUGUGACUUUCUUGUGCUGUUUUACGAAAUAUUUGUCUGGUUGGUUCCUUCUGAAUAAUCGGACGAAAAAUGGCGAGAGUUGCGUGUUUUCUAUUCGUGUUCGCUUUGGUUUUCGGCCAGAUCUAUGGCGAGAGUGUGUUUCGCUUUGCGAGCGUAUUUGGCAAUCAUAUGGUAUUACAAAAGGCACCAAUGCGCGCCAGUGUUUGGGGUUACGGGGAAGUUGGUGAAGAAGUGGUUUUGAUUCAUGAUGGGGAGAUGUAUCGAUCGUUUAUUACAGCGCAAGUCGAGGGUGAAUCAACAGUGGGGAUAUGGACCGUCAUGCUGACACCAACAAUGUUUGGUGGCCCAUAUCUUAUCAAAGCAUACUCAAAGGUUAAGGGCACCAUUUCAACAAUCACAUUAACUGAUGUUAUGUUUGGUGAUGUUUGGAUGUGUAGUGGUCAAAGCAACAUGGAGUUUACAGUUGUAAUGUCUGAUAAUGGAGCUAAAGCAAUCAAUGAGUCAGCUGACUAUCCGGAUAUUCGGUUGUUUACUGCAGAACUUGAUUGUGAAUCAACUCCACAAUUGGAAUUAAAAAAAGUCAGAUUACCCUGGUCUCGCGCUUCGCCAGAGACAGUUGGUGGUCCAGCGUGGCAGUAUUUCUCAGCAGUAUGUUGGUACUAUGGUGUCCAGUUGUACAAAGAGCUGGGGUAUCCUAUUGGUUUGGUAGCAUCAACGUGGGGUGGUACCCCAGUGGAGGCGUGGUCCUCACCUGACGCUCUGGCAAGUUGUGACAUUAAAGACAAUUCAGUGAUAAAGGACAACAGAAAAUUCGCACCACAUGAUUUACAUCUCUUCGGCCCUCGCAACCUGAGUUGUCUUUGGAAUGCAAUGAUCGUUCCUUUCCUCAAUGUCAGCAUAUAUGGCGCGAUUUGGUACCAGGGUGAAGAGAACGCUGAACGACCAUUAUAUCCGUACAACUGCACCUUUCCUGCCAUGAUUGACGACUGGAGAGCCAAAUGGUAUGAUUCCACAACACAUAACACCGACGAAACCUUUCCUUUUGGUUUUGUCCAGCUCUCAGCUGUUGGCAAUGACACAGAAGGGCAAUCUUUCAACUUUGCCCCGCUUCGCUGGGACCAAACGGCGCAAUAUGGCUUUGUUCCUAACGACCGACAGAAGAAUGUCUUUAUGGCGGUAGCAAUGGAUCUUGGAAACCCUAACUCUCCAUAUGGAAGCAUACAUCCAACUGACAAGACCGACGUAGGAAAUCGUCUGGCGUUAGCUGGACUAGAUGUGGCCUACGGAAGGGAGAGGUAUUACAGCGGACCACUGGUGGAUACGAUCAAGAAACAGACAGAGCCACCCAGCGCGGCUCUUGAAGUUACCUUUAAGUCGUUGAAUGCUGAAAUCGAAUUGAGAAGUAAUUUUGGAUUCGAGGUCAUGUGUGAAAAUGGUACUGAAUGGCUGGAAGCAUCAAUUCUUAACCACAGUUCAACGUCUGUCAUCAUCAUGCCAAAUAUGCCAAGUUGUGUUGCUGUAAAAGUCAGGUACGCUUGGAGUGACGAUCCCUGUCCUAAACUGAAGUGUGCUAUUUACAGUGGGGAUCUACCCUCUCCCCCCUUCGUAGUAGAUGGUCCUUUUGAGGCUGGCGAUAGCAAACUGUUGCAAAGAACGGUUGGUAUCUACGCCUAGGAAUUUAAUGAGAUAAAUUUGAAUGAUAUCUUUCACUACUUUAAGAAUUCGGGAAACAAUUCAAAAGGUUUUGGUAAGCUAAUAACGUAAAAUUAUAAACAAAGUAAUAUCAUAAAUAGAAUACUCAAUAUUAACUGAUCACAUAGUUUAUGGAAAAGUAGGGUGGUGUUGAACUUGGGUUGUCCAGAUCAAAUAUAAGAGGACCUUGGCACAUAUAACCACAGACAUAAAUAACGUAUAAGAUUUUAAUGAAAAAAUCAAAAUUUUGCAAGCAAUAA